GCUACUACUUCCGGUUUUGGAACAUACUGUCAAUGUAGAGUAAUAAAUGAUCCGAACUUCAUUUGUGUGCGAUAGGGUGAUCAAAGAUGAUGAAGAGAAGACACGAUAACAACAGCGAGGGGCAGUAUAGUGCCAGCGGAAAAGUGACCAAAUCGAAUAAAGGCAGACAAGCGAGUGGAUAUUUUGCCGACCCCAAGCUCAUUCCAAGAGUUCGACAGUAUUUGUCAGUAAACAAGAAGAAACGUGUGGUCACUAUCUCAACCAUUGUAGAUGAUCUCCAAAAACAGUAUGGAGAAUAUCGAAGAAAAAAGCGGAGUUCAUUCUAUAAAUCUGUCGAAAAAGCAUAUCAGCUGGUGUGCGAGGAUGUCUCUGAGGAGGAGGCCAGCAGUGACGAUGACAUUGUCAAACUUGAGGCCAGUCACAUGAGGAAAAAAAAGAAGUCAGAAAAUUCAGGAUUUGACACUGAUGACAGUGAGGUCAAAAGUUUUUCUUCAGAAAAUCCAGAUUAUGUUGCCUAUGAGGACAGAAAUGCUGUGAACCGGUUUCUGACCGACAUGUACAAGAGUAGUCCCAAGCAGUCAUGUGAAGCCUUGUACGUUGUUGAUAAGGAGCCAGGCAGGGGUAAGGAUUUUUCUGUUGAGCCUCAAAUGAUGCCUGGGUUUGGAUCAUCAGUACUUGGCAUGGAAAAAGAUUUAGCCAAUCCUGCAACUCGGCUGGUCUGUGAUUCUGCAGGCUCUUCACCAUUAAAAGAAGAGACCUUGAGUCCUGCUACAACUGCAGUAAAGGCUGAUCUAGACACAUCAAGACUAAGUGAGGCCACAUCAAUACCUCAGAAAAUUAGAAGAGAUGUGGACUCUACCAGAAAGAGAAAAAUGAAGAAAUCUGCCGAGAAAAGUGAGAAAGAAACAGCUGAUAAUAAAGGCAUUCAGGCUCAGACGUCUUCAGUGACCUUUGCUGAUGUUGGAGGGAAUGAAGCAUGUCUUAAAGAGAUUUGUAAAUUACUAGUACACAUGAGACACCCAGAGGUAUACCAGACAUUAGGUGUGAUCCCACCAAGGGGAUUCUUGUUACACGGACCCCCUGGCUGUGGCAAAACAUUGCUGGCAAAUGCUGUAGCUGGGGAAUUAAACUUGCCAUUCAUCAAGCUAUCAGCUCCAGAAGUUGUCAGUGGGGUUUCUGGAGAAUCUGAGGAGAAACUACGAGACUUAUUUGACAAAGCCGUUGCCUGUGCACCUUGUAUAGUAUUUAUUGAUGAAAUUGAUGCUAUUACCCCAAAGAGAGAGACCGCUUCCAAGGAUAUGGAGAGACGCAUUGUGGCUCAACUGCUUACUUGUCUUGAUGAUUUAAACAGCAGACCUAACUGCCAUGUACUGGUGAUCGGUGCUACAAACAGACCUGAUUCUCUUGAUCCGGCCCUGAGACGGGCUGGCAGAUUCGACAGAGAAAUUUCGCUAGGCAUCCCAGAUGAAAGUGCCCGAGCAAGAAUCAUGGGUGUUUUAUGUAGGGGUUUAAAAUUGUCUGAAGAUUUUGACUUUGCGAUGCUGGCACGGGAGACUCCGGGCUAUGUGGGAGCAGAUUUGAUGGCCCUGGCCAGGGAGGCAGCCAUGACAGCUGUGAACAGAGUCUUCAAGGACUUGGAAAGCAGACAGGUGUUCAACACAGAACUUGUGCCAAAAACUGGUGAUGUGAAAACUGUGAUGGAUACUAUUCCUACAACUGAUUCCUCUCUAGAUUCUUUGCUGAGCUGGCUGAAGGAAGAGGCUCCAUUAACAGAGGCACAGCUGCGGGAUCUUUCCAUAUCCAUGGAGGAUUUCAAGUCAGCUCUACAGUUUGUACAGCCAUCAGCUAAACGGAAGUUUGCUACUAUACCUGAUGUCACCUGGGAAGAUAUUGGAGCUCUUCAGUCAGAGCAGGAACUGAAGCUAGCCAUUUUGGCUCCAAUACGCCAUCGAGAAGAUUUCAAAGCUUUAGGGCUGUCAAAUCCUCCCGGCAUUCUUCUGGCUGGCCCACCUGGCUGUGGAAAAACACUCCUGGCAAAGGCAAUAGCUAAUGAAUCAGGUAUCAACUUUAUAUCUGUGAAAGGUCCAGAGCUACUUAAUAUGUACGUGGGAGAGAGUGAGAGAGCAGUCCGUCAGGUAUUUCAGCGAGCCCGGAACUCCGCACCUUGUGUCAUAUUCUUUGAUGAGUUGGAUGCUCUGUGCCCCAGGCGGUCAGAUUCAAGGGAGAGUGGGUCUAGCGUGAGGGUGGUGAACCAGCUCCUGACAGAGAUGGACGGACUAGAGGAAAGGAAACAGGUUUUCAUCAUGGCCGCCACUAACAGGCCAGACAUCAUAGACCCCGCAAUCCUCCGACCAGGCCGCCUGGACAAGACCUUAUAUGUGGGUUUGCCAACAUUACUGGAGAGAUUGGACAUUUUCAACACAAUAACCAAGAAUGGAACCAAGCCUAAAUUGUCAGAAGAUGUGAACUUGUCCUCCUACAUUGCUGACCAUUGUGAAGGAUUUACGGGAGCUGACUUGGCUGCGGUGGUGAGAGAGGCGUCCAUGGCUGCUCUGAAGGAGAAGAUUGACAGUCCUGACUCAGACACUGGCCCGAUCAUGUUUUCCACAGGCAUUUUAAACAUGGCUCUGCUCAAAGUCAAACCAUCAGUUUCACAAAAGGACCAUAAAGUGUAUGAAAGCAUCAAGAACAGACUGAAAGCUGACAGGAUGUUUAUUGACGGAGACGGCAGUUACCCACAGCACCAUUGUGGCCAAAUGUAAAGUUAGCCACAGUAUGAUGGUGACCCGAAGUGUGAAGUUAAUCACAGUACCAAUCACAUACCAAGGGAAAGGUAUCCACAGUGCAAAGGUAGCUAAGUGCAACAUUAUCCGGAGUGCGAGGAGAUCUUAGUGUGAAGCUGUCCACAGUGCCAAGGUGGCCAAGUGUAACGUUACCCACAGUGCAAGGAUGCCUUAGUGUAAAGUUGUCCACAGUGCCAAGGUGG